CGGUGUGGCUCAGACUCUGUGCAGCCUGGGGCACUGGGGGAUUCUGCUGCAGCUCUUCCUGCACCAUGAAGGAGACUCUGUUCAAGGGGAACUUCUGGAGUACCGAUUUAACAAGCACAGCUGGCUAUGACAGCAUCAUUCAACAUCUGAAUAUUGGCAGGAAGAACUGCAAGGAAUUUGAAGACUUUCUGAAGGAAAGGGCAACUAUCGAAGAAAAAUAUGGCAAAGAGCUCAUUAACCUGACAAAGAAGAAGCCCUGUGGGCAGACUGAAUUGAACACGCUGAAGAGAGCUCUUGAAGUUUUUAAGCAACAGGUAGAUGGUGUAGGGCAGAGUCACAUCCAGCUGGCCCAGACCCUCCGGGAGGAGGCCAGGAAGAUGGAGGACUUCAGGGAAAAGCAAAAACUUCAUCGGAAAAAGAUAGAGCUUGUAAUGGAGGCUAUUCAUAAAAAUAGGAAUUUGCAGUAUAAGAAAACAGUGGAGGCAAAGAGGCUAUACGGGCAGCGAUGCAGGGAUAAAGAUGAAGCGGAACAGGCCGUGCACCGCAAUGCAAACCUUGUAACACAAAAGCAACAAGAAAAGCUGUUUGUAAAGUUGGCUCAGAGCAAGUCAGCUUUGGAAGAUUCUGACAGGCUAUAUCAGCUGAAUGUUGGUGCGUUUGAGAAGAUCAGGGAAGAAUGGCAGAAUGAACACACCAAAGCCUGUGAGUUCUUUGAAACCCAGGAGUCUGAACGGAUAAACUACUUCCGCAAUUCGCUGUGGCUGCACCUUAAUCAGCUCUCUCAGGAGUGCGUCUGGAGUGAUGAGAGGUACGAAGAAACUCGUAGGAGUCUAGAAAUGUGCAGCAUCGAGAAGGAUAUUGAAUUUUUUGUAAAUUUCCAUAAAACAGGAAGUGUGCCCCCAGCUCCUGUGGUCUAUGAAAAUUACUAUAACACACAAAGAAAUGCAACUUCAACAAGAAAUCAGGCCCCAGCACCUGGGAUAGGGAGGAGGGGGCCGUUACCAAUCCCUGCGAGUGGGCCCGAUGACCCUGAAUACACUACGAUUGAUGGUUACAGUUUAAUACAUCACUAGUAUGAGCUGGUCUCAAAGCUGCUUGCCCAGUAGUGCCAGUGAGUGCAAGAAAUUAGUUGUCUGAUCCACCCAUCAGCGACCGUGUAUUCAAUUGCAAUUGCAGCAUUGGGCACAGUGAUACAGCAUGAAACUGUUUCUUCUUUUAAAAAAUAUUUUGAAACUCUGGGGUAAUUAUUUAGUAUGUUUUGAGGAUCCACACAAGGUCCAACAAGGUCCCUCUUCCUUCAUGGUGACAAACUACAUGGACUGAUGUCCUAUUUUCAAGGUCAGCAAGGAGGACAUUGAAUCUUUGAAUAAUAUUCGCUGAUCCAAUGGAAUCUCCCCUAACAAUGAGAGACACUUGUGUUCUGCUAUUGGUGAGAGUUCUUUGCGAUGUACAAACCUCAAAAUCUGUGUGGAAGACUUGGAAAGGAUUUUUAAAAAAGGAAUUUCUUCUCACCAUGAUGACUGAGGAUUCACAUGUGCCACUGUAGUGCUGCCCAUGGGAAUCAUGUGCAGUGCUUUGGGCAUGCUGGGGCAUGCACAUAGCACACAAGUCAAAGUAUGGUUUUGGUCUGUUAUGCUGGAUUUUCACCAGAGUGAUUAAGAUCAUAGCCUAGCCCAAAUUGUGGAGUGCUCAUUAGACUGCUUACUCACGGCAACGCUGAGAGUUAGAACUCGAGAGGUAUUUAUAUGGCUGUACUGCACAUUUGCUCCAGGCUACGCAGCGAUGUUGGAAGAAGUUGAUUCAUAUCCUGUCUCUAUCUAUCAUGCUUCAGGAGCCUGUUUGGAUUACACGAAUGGGCCGUUGACCUCAAUACGGGUCCUGACGAGAGGAAGGUGAACAAGUUAUGGCCCUUCAGUAGUUAACUACCUCCCUUCCCUGGUUCCACUGUGGCAUAGCAGUACAAUACAAAACCAUCCUUGCAGAUCCAGGCUGGUGACCCCUCCAUUCUUCUUGAAUAACUGGAGGACAUGAGCUGGCUGUCCGGAGAGGUACAUCCACAAGGCAGGGCUGGCUGCUGUUCAGCUAUCCGCCACUUAGCCUGCUCUCGACAGAUUCUGCAAACUCCAAUCAGGCUAAUCUGUGUGAGCAGCUGGACUCUUGGGUACAUUUUUUGACCAGGACGCAGAGUCAGAACCUCAUGAGGUUUUGCCCAUUGGAGGCAACAAUUCAGGGACGUUGUCAGCUGCUUCUUCUGUCUUUUUUGCGUUCCACUAUCCAAUACGCUUGAAAAUAAAAUAAAUAAUAUUUUCUUUCGCUCCAUGCAUCUGAAAAAGUAAGGUUUUUACCCAUGAAAGCUUAUGCUCAAAUAAAUCUAUUAGUCUUUAAGGUGCCACCGGACUCCUUAAUAUUUUCUUAUUGCCUUUUCCUGUCUCCAUUUAGCAAACCUUCCUCCCCCCCCCGCCCAUUUCUUGGGGUCUGAUCCUGCUCCCAUUGAAGUCAAUGGCAGAAUUCCCAUUUGUUAUCAGUGUUGUGGGGUCUGGCUCUUUCAUUUCUAAUAAAGCACAAACUAACUUGGUUACUGUUGUUGGCCUAGAGCUGCAAAACUCAUUUCUGGACCAGAACUUCCCCAGCUUUCAUGUCCAUCUCCAUUGGCUGUUACCUGUCAGGUGCACAGACACUAAUGAAGUCUGCCCAUUGGUGUGUAGCUCUCGGUGCGAGGGUGUACAGGUUUUAAUGUCUUGAUCUAGAGCAACAGGGAUGAUUCUGCAUCAAAUUGUGCCUGAGCUAUGCGUGAUUUGUACAAACCUAGGGAAUGUCGCUUUGUUUCCUUGUGUGGGAAAGACCCCAAUGUGAUAAGUGAGAUUUGAAUUCUUCCCUGCUACAGUUGAAUGACCUGUACGAAAUGCACAAUUAGAGGAAUACAUUGUCUUAUAAAAAAAAAAGACCCUUAAAUAUCCCAAUAUAAUUUGAUAUUGUAGAUUAUUUUUAAUCUCUCUCUCUCUAAAUAUAUAUAUGUAUUUUAGAUUUGAGGCUUGAAUACUGAACAUGUAAUUAUAUAUGCUCUAAAAUAGACUUCAAUGUGGGGGGUGAAUUUGCUCCUCCCACAUGCAAAGACCUGGACAGACUGGUUAUAGCCACAAGUACAGUGUGCAGGCAGGAGGCGUUGAAGAUUAGAGCUCUGCUACUGCACCUUUUCCCUCAUCUAACCUCUCUCUGCUCUACCAGUCCCAGUCCUCCCUUUGGAUCUCAGUCCUACACUACAGCCCACUACUCUUUCAAAUCUCUCCCCACAAAGGGUUCUGUCAAUGCUUCCCAACCCUAUCGAUCUGAAGUAUUAAUUGAGCGCUGGUCCUUGUAGCAUGUAAGUGCUGGUCUGUAUUCCUCUUCUGCUGGGCCUUUGAUGCAAACUUGCCAAUGCAGCACAACGUGGUCCGCAACCUUUCUGUUGCAAUAGCAUAUUCAUGUUCCCAGAAGAGUGUGGCGGGUGCCGGAUGACCAGCCGCCGAAAUACCGCCGAGAAGCAGCGGCAUUUCUGCGGCGAUGCUUCUUGGCGUUGCCGCUUCUGGGCGGCAUUUCGGCGGCUGGUUCCCAUGGGUACCGCAUUGGGGACCACUACGCUAUUCCAGUCCUGGGUCUCCAACACCAUUCUGCCAAUGCACCUCAAUGCUCACCUUGAGCUUGCUGGGGUAUGGACUUGUGCUUGUCCUCCCGUUCUGGAAUGUGUAGCCACUAGCACGUAUACUGUGUCUAUUCCAGUACAAGUCACCUACGGAUGUAUGAAACAUCAUUGACUGGAUCUCCAUAUAUAAUGGCUCAUUGGGCAGACUCUAUUUUUCUCUUGCCUCAGUUUGGAGAGGAGUGGAGGUGGGAAACUGAUCCCACAGGUUCCUGUAAAUGCAAGGGAAGCCCCGACUUUAAUGUGAUUGAAAAUGCUGAUGUAACACUCGUUGAAUUUAAACAGUGAUUCUCACUCUUUUUUCCAUCCUAGGCCCCCUUCCCAUCUAGCUGAAAUCCCGACCCAUUUAGAAACAUGGGAAGGAUGGGGUGAUUGUGAUCCCAACACUUGUUUGUGACAGUCCCUAUCCCUGUUCUAGUAGUUGCAACUCCCAAGAUGAGAACCCCUUAUUUAAAAGACACCAGAAGCUGAUCAAGCCUGGAUUUCAUUUGUAAAUCCAGACCACAGAGCAUAAAAGAACAAACAGGUAAAGUGCAGAUGAGAAAAUACAUCAUUGUUUUGUUACAAAUGCACACCAGAAUAGAUGGCUCAGUGAUACCACCUGAUCCUUAUAUGGUGCUUUUUCAUCAUUUGUUCUCAAAAUGCUUAACAAAGGAGAUCGUUUAUAAUUAUUCCCAUUUGAUAGGUGGGGAAACAGGCAUAGCAACUUGAUCUGUCACCUAGCAGGUCAGUGGUAGAGACAGGACUAGAAUCUAGGUCUCCUGAGUCCCAGUCCUGCAUUCUCUCACUAGGCCACACAGCCUCAGUGUGUGAGAAAGUUAGCAUUGGUACAGAGCCUUUGUGAGUAGUGACCAAAUGUUACUUCCAUCUGAAAGCUGUAGAAAGAGAAUUGACCCCAGAUCUACGAGCUAAGGCCUUUCAUUAGAGAUUACUGGGAUGGCAGCAUAGUAAGGUCAGGACCAUAGUAUAAGAACUAGUAUAAGAACUCAUAAACAUAUUGGACAAGAAGCUCCUUUUCUCUGCUGGGAUUUCCAGGCUGACUCAGGGCAGUAGAUGGUCUUAUUUUGAUUCUUGCCUACAAAAACUGAUACUCAACAACUUUCAAAGUGGUGCACUGCGGUUUAGGCACAUGACUCGCAAUCAUUUUAAUGGAAGUCAUGCAGCUAACCCCACAUGCAUCACUUGAAAAAUGGAGGGGUUAAAAUGCAGCCCCAUAUCAGUUGUCCAAGAGUGACUAUCCUAUCUCAGUCCUGAGAGUAGGGACCGUGAUUAUUUAGUUGACUGAAAUAAAUACACCAGGACCCCAAUUUAUAAGUGCUUUUCGAAAGGAUCUUUUUAGUUCAGAGAGUAGUUAAUCACAGGGCAAUGCCAUGAACAUUUGAAAUGUGGAUUGCUUUACUGUAUUUGCUCUCUGAUUUAAAGAAGUCAGUCCUGAAAGCGAAAGCAAAAAGUAUGAGUAUUCUGCCCAGCCACUCUUAAAGAGAAAGCAAGCAAGCUGCCACCAAAAAUAAAGGUUCUUCUCUGAGUUGUGUCCUAGAGAGUGUCUAAAAGCACUUCAAAAUCAAUAGGUCAGUACUCCCUAGAUAAAAGAGGAAGGUUUGAAACCACUAGUAACGCAAUAUUGAGUUGUUUUUCAGGAUGUGAAUUAGGAUGAUGGUAGGCAUGUGGAAAUACUUUCAUUUCUAGCCUGACGUUUUCAGUUUCUAAAGGAAUUUGAAAAGGCAGAUUAUUUCAAACUAUAAAAUGUUAAUGAUAAAAAUAACAAGUGUGGUCAGUGGCUAUUGUAAAAGCUUUUUAUGAUUGUGAUUAGAGCAAUAGUAUGUAAGAGUUGAGGUAAAUUUGGAAUAUACCUGACUUUAUUAAGAGUUUAGCACAACUGGGCUAAAGUGAAACUUCACAAGCAAGUGGUGCAAGGGAGCUUUCAAUCUGGGGCCGCAGAACUCCAUCAACCAAAACCCCCCCAUCCCUGUAGCUGCAGAGUUACAAGUGAUACGUCACCAGAAAAAACAAUGAGGAGUCCUUGUGGGACCUUAGAGCAUAACAAAUUUAUUUGGGCAUAAGCUUUCGUGGGCUAAAACCCACUUCAUCAGAUGCAUGGAGUAGAAAAUACAGUAAGAAGGUAUAAAUACACAGCAUAUGAAAAGAUGGGCAUCACCAGAAAAAACUCUCAUUGGAUGUUUGUUUCCAAAGCAUGACAUUUGCUAGCUGCUUUUGGAAACCGUAACUUUUCUACACAUUAAACCUCCUGUGAAUAUCCUGCUGUAUUUCUCUGUGCACUUGCAGCACAGAGAUUGCUGUGUUCUAUGUUAAAGCUAUUAACUGAAUGAAAAGAGAAUUUGAGCUAAUUUGGAAAUUAAGUGCAAAACUCUUUCUUAUGUGCACUGCAAAUUGCGAUCGAUUGUAUCUUUGUUACUCAUUGUGUGAACUGUUAUUGACACCAGUAGACUUGCCAAUGUUGUAGCCAAUACAACAGAGCCCUGAGGGCAGGCAAGUGAUCUGUAGUGUGACUCAGAUGGAGAGAACAUUAGUUAGUGGCAAUAAGAAUUUUAGGGUAGCUAAACUAUUGUGGUUCAGAAGAGGACAUCAGUUAAUGUGUCACAAAGAUAUCACUCACCACUGCAGUAAAGGAGAGGGAAAAAAAGCUUGAAGUAAGUUAGUGGAAGUUAUUUUUGCUUAUGUUCGACUAUCUGUAAUGGGCUUCCUAACCAGGAUUUUAAGGCCUUGUGUCCAUAGACCUUCCUGUACAUUUUAGCAACCAUGCAGGCACAGUUUAACCUGUGCCUGAACACCAGGUGGUAGGUCAGUGUGGCUAGAUCCAACGCUGUUGGAAUGCUGGGAUUGUGAGAGAGGGGAAAUGUGCCGUCCAGUAACAUCACAACGACAUACUGUCUCGUUGCUUGGAAAACACGGCAGAACUGUUUGUUUGCAGAGAGCCUUACAAAGUACUUGUCCAGAACUGAUUUUUGUUAGUAGAAAACGAAUGAGUUUUGACUGGUAAAUUAUCUGCGUGAUGAGCUCUGUCUGUGCUGAGUAAGAUGUGCAGUGUUAUAAAUGAAAACAAAUGGGUGCUAAAUGGUCUGCUUCGCCCCGGGCUGUGCAUUUUAUUGGAUUGUUUUUGUAAACUUGUAAUGAUUUGUUGGUCGUGUAAAUUAAGAACGAGCAGUUCCCUGCUAUCAUUUUUCGGAAUAGUUAAUAAAAGGGUCAGGAUAC